AAAGCGCGCGGCGGCUCUCCAUGGCGCGCACGUGCAGGCAGAUGAGCGGCAGCGUGGCGAGCUGCGCGGGUUGGGCUGGACUCAUCGUGGCCACGGCCACCAACGACUGGGUUCGAACCUGCGACUACACGAUGGCGACCUGCGUCCGCAUGGACGAGCUGGGCUCGCGCGGCCUCUGGGCCGAGUGCGUCAUCUCUCCGGCGCUGUACCACUGCGUGGCCCUGAACCAGAUCCUGACGCUGCCCCCACACGUGCAGACGUCUCGCGCUCUGAUGAUCUCCGCCUGUCUGCUGGGGCUUCCUGCGCUCCUGCUGGUGCUCUUGUCCAUGCCCUGCGUGCGCCUGUGCAACGACACCUCCACCGUCAGACAGCGCCGCACCCUGGUGGGAGGAAUCCUCAUCAUCAUCAUGGCUCUGUGCGGCAUCGUAUCGACUGUCUGGUUCCCCAUUGGCUCUCACCAGAAGGACGGUCUGAUGUCAUUUGGCUUUUCUCUGUAUGCCGGCUGGGUUGGCUCCGCCCUCUCUCUCCUGGGUGGAGCCAUGGUUCUGUUUGGCUAUUGCACCAACCCUGCAACCUCAAACAGGGAGAACAGCUUCUACUACUCCAGACGCGGGGGCACGGCUGUGCCACUCGACCCCCCUACCAACCACGCCAGGAGUGCCCGCGUGUGAAGGCAUAGCGGCAUGCUAUGGAUGGUGGGAAUUUUUCUGUGGUUCCCAACGUGAAGUCACUGGAAGGUUACAGACGUACCAGAUAAUGAAGUUAGAGGUUUUUUUUUUUCAUAUUUUCUAGACUUAAGAAAAUUUACAUAAAAAUUAGCAUUUCAUUUAAAUAUUUUACAUUUGAGAUUAAUGAAAAUGUUAACCAAAUUUGUUGCUAUGACAAUGAGCUAUCUCCAUUUUCUUUUUUUUGUAGCUUUUGAUUUCUUUG